AAGUAGUGAAGUGUUAGCGAUAAUCUUUUGUUUUUGUAACAACAACAACAAAAUUAUUUACAGAAAAAAAGUGUUUUUGUUUUAUUAAUAAAAAAAUAAAUUGGUUUAAAAGAAAUUUGUUUAUAAAACGAAAUAAAAAGAAAUUUUUUUGUAUAAAAACUCCACAAUAUUACGUGCUUAAAAGUGAGAAUUUAAAUAAAUAAAGAAAGAAAUUCCUUAAAAUAUUUUAUCAUCUGGUAUAUUUUGUUUUCAAUUCGUAAUACAAAAGAAACUUAAGAAAAGGCAAACAAAACAAUAUCACAAAAAAUAAAUAUCAAAAAAAAUAAAAAUAAAACAAACCUAAACAGGAGGAGGAGAACUUACCAAAAAUAAGUUGGCUUCACCUAAAUCCAGCAACAAAAUUUGAAAACAAAAGAGUAAAACAGAUUGGUUCUCUUUCAGAUUUUGUAGUUCUUGAAUUUUGUGUGAGUGUAAAAAAAUAUUUAUUAAAGUGGGGUCAAUUGUUUAAAAGUCUUUUAAAUUAUUUGUACUUUUUUGUUUAUUAUUUAUUAAGUCCUUAACUUUUACUGAAAAAAAGUUUGUAAAUUAUAUUCAAAAUACACCCACGACAAGUUGUUAAUCAAUUUAAAAAAAAGAAAAGAAAAAUUUAGUUUAAUAUCAAAUUUGGCUUUAAAACGUGUUUAGCAUUUUUAAGCAAAAAAUUAUUUUGCUUAAAGAAAAUUCAAAAAAUAAAAUCGAAAGUAAUUAUUAAAAUUUAAAACUUCACCCUGGCUUCUCCCAAUAACACAGCACCGCCAGUGCUAUGGCGUGCGCGUCGUAAAGUGGGUUUACAUUUGCGCAGCAUUGAAGAACCCACAACAGCUCAAUUGUUUACACUAAAUAGCCCACAUUGUUAUAAUAAUAGUAGUAAUAAUAGUAAUAAUAGCACAAGUAGUAAUAAUAAUAGCAGUAGUAAUAAUACCAGCGGCAGAAUGCCGGCGGAGCUGGGGGGCACAGGUUAUGGUUCCGAACAAAAUCUCUUGUUAAGCAGUCGAACCGGUGUCCCCCUGGCCAUAUAUCAGCAUCAUCACCAGCAGCAACAGCAACAACAUCAGCAUCAGUAUCAGCUACAACACUACACCACCAACAGCCAUCAUCAUCCUCAUCUCUAUCAACAUCAGAAUUCCAAUUCCUCAACAACGUGUCUAAACCCGCUCUCAUCACCACAACGUCUCUAUGAUCCGGAAUAUUCACGCAUGGAAUCGUGGAUGGAUGAAAAUCAAGAAUUUGUACAGGAUUAUUUCAUUAGAAAAGCCACACGUCAAGUUGUUGAUGCCUGGUUAGUUUCUCAUGCGACUACAGCUGGCAAUGAUACAUCCAAUACAUCACCCACACAUCCGAAUGGACAAAAUUGCUCAUCACGCGGUGGUUCUGGAGCCACAACACCCGUAAGAAAAAUAUCUGCCCAUGAAUUUGAACGUGGUGGUUUACUAAAACCCAUUGUCAAUACCAUUGAUGGCACACCAACCUUCCUGAGUAUAGGACCACAAAAUGAUUGUUCGAACAACACGAGUACAAGUACCAGUAAUGGUAGUGUAAGUGUCGGUGCCGGCAAUUGUGGUGGCUCUAGUGUUACGGGUGGCAGUGGAGGCGGUGGUUUGGGCAGUGGUGGCGGUAGUUUUGGUACUAAUAUUAUUGGUAGUAAUACACAGUAUCAUCAUAACAAUCAUCAUCAUUAUAAUAGUCAACAGACGGGCAUGGGAACACAUUCGCACCAUCAUCAUCAUCACAAUCACUAUCGACCGCAACGUUUGUCGCGCAAUGAACUAAAGCAAUUGGAUGAAAAGGAGUUAAUAUUUGAAUUGGUAAAGGACAUAUGCAAUGAAUUGGAAGUUCGUACUUUAUGUCAUAAAAUUUUGCAAAACGUUUCAAUAUUGUUAAAUGCUGAUCGUGGUUCAUUGUUUUUGGUGCAAGGACGUUGUGGCGGUGCCAGUGGCAGUGAUGGACCAAAGAAGUGCCUGGUGUCCAAACUAUUCGAUGUUUGUCCGCGCAGCACUGUCGAAGAAAUGGAACAACAGGAUGAGGUACAAAUUGCUUGGGGUACCGGCAUUGCUGGCCAUGUGGCCGAAAGUGGUGAACCUGUUAAUAUACCAGAUGCAUAUCAGGAUGACCGUUUUAAUUGUGAAAUCGAUACAUUGACCGGUUAUCGUACCAAAGCUUUACUAUGUAUGCCAAUUAAGGAUUCGUCGGGUGAUGUCAUUGGAGUGGCACAAGUCAUUAAUAAAUUAAACGGGGAAUAUUUCUCAGAAACUGAUGAAAAGGUUUUUGCUUCCUAUUUACAAUUCUGUGGUAUUGGUUUACGCAACGCUCAAUUGUACGAGAAAUCACAGUUGGAAAUUAAACGUAAUCAGGUGUUGCUCGAUUUGGCACGCAUGAUCUUCGAGGAGCAAAGCACCAUUGAGCACAUGGUCUUUCGUAUACUAACACACAUGCAGAGUCUAAUACAAUGCCAAAGAGUUCAAAUACUGCUGGUGCAUGAGGCAUCCAAGGGAAGUUUCUCGCGGGUAUUUGAUUUUGAAGCCAACGAUUUGAGUGAGGAGGAGUCGACGAAUCGUACCAGUCCCUUUGAAUCGAGAUUUCCCAUAAAUGUGGGCAUAACGGGUCAUGUGGCAACAACGGGAGAGACUGUUAAUAUACCAAAUGCUUAUGCGGAUGAUCGUUUUGAUCCCAGUGUUGAUGAGAAUUCCAAUUUCCAGCAUAAAUCCAUUUUAUGCAUGGCCAUUAAGAAUUCAUUGGGUCAGAUUAUUGGUGUCAUACAAUUAAUAAAUAAAUUUGAUAAUUUGACUUUCACCAAAAAUGAUGAAAAUUUUGUAGAGGCUUUUGCCAUUUUCUGUGGCAUGGGCAUUCAUAAUACCCACAUGUACGAGAAGGCCAUUGUUGCCAUGGCCAAACAAAGUGUUACUUUGGAAGUUUUAAGUUAUCAUGCUUCGGCUACCAUAGAUGAGGCUCAUCGUUUAAGGCGCUUAAGAGUACCAUCCGCUGCUCAUUUCCGUUUACAUGAUUUCCGUUUUGAUGAUAUACAUUUCGAAGAUGAUGAUACAUUAAAGGCAUGCUUGCGUAUGUUUUUGGAUUUGGAUUUCGUGGAACGUUUUCACAUUGACUACGAGGUCUUGUGUCGCUGGCUGUUGAGUGUCAAAAAGAAUUAUCGCAAUGUCACUUAUCAUAACUGGCGACAUGCCUUUAAUGUGGCCCAAAUGAUGUUUGCCAUAUUAACGAUUUCCCAUCAUGGACAGGCCACGCAAUGGUGGAAGAUAUUUGGUGAAAUUGAAUGUUUGGCAUUGAUAAUAGCCUGUUUAUGCCAUGAUUUAGAUCACCGGGGGACCAAUAAUUCAUUUCAAAUAAAAGCUUCUUCUCCAUUGGCUCAAUUGUAUUCCACUUCUACCAUGGAACAUCAUCAUUUCGAUCAGUGUUUAAUGAUCUUAAACAGUCCUGGCAAUCAAAUUUUGGCGAAUUUAUCUUCGGAGGAUUAUUGUCGUGUCAUUAAAGUAUUAGAAGAUGCUAUAUUAUCUACCGAUUUGGCGGUUUAUUUAAGAAAACGUGGCACCUUUUUGCAAAGCGUCCAAGAGCAACCCAUGAGCUAUUGGGUUGAUGAAGAGCCUCGUGCUUUAUUGCGUGCCAUGAGCAUGACCGUUUGUGAUUUAUCGGCCAUAACGAAACCUUGGGACAUCGAGAAACGUGUAGCCGAUUUGGUUAGUUCGGAAUUCUUUGAACAGGGUGAUAUGGAAAAACAGGAAUUAAAUAUUACGCCUAUUGACAUUAUGAACCGUGAAAAAGAAGAUGAAUUACCCAUGAUGCAGGUUGGCUUUAUUGACUCCAUUUGCUUGCCAAUAUAUGAGGCAUUUUCACAACUCUCCGAUAAACUAGAACCUCUAGUCGAGGGAGUUCGCGAUAAUCGCCAACACUGGAUUUCACUUGCCGAAGGUGUUGAAACGAAACAGAACAAAAAAAGCAAUGGCAUCGUACGAACUAAAAACAAUCGCAACAGUCACACCAAAAGCAUACUAAAUACACCGGAUGCCACAGUAACGCCAAAUAGUGAUCUCAAAAAUGAACUAGAAGCUGAAAAUGAUAAUGAAGACGAUGCCAUAGAACUGGAUCAAACCACAGAAAAUGAUGCCGACGAAGAUGAGACGGGCAUUGAGGCAGAUGAUGAUGAUUCGGAAACCGAACUAUUGCAAGAACAUUCAACAAUUUGUUAUUCAACAGCCUCUAGUAGGCUGUCAACACCACCACCCACUGGUGAAGAGGACAGUUCUCCUAACUCGCCCACCAAAAAAGGUUCCCUAACCGAAACACAAGCCCAAAUGAUAGCGGCCAAUGUGGAUAGUCUCAAUUCUAAGAUACUAAGGCAGCGCAAUUCCUCGUCAUCGUCAUCAUGUCGAAAUUGUGAGUGCAUGCGUGUUAGAAAGACGUCAUCGUUGAAGGGAGCCAAUGAAAUGCUACGUGCAAAUGGUAGUAAUCGAGCCUAUAGUAAAAGUACACCUUCAAUGGCAAACUGUGGCACUGGUGCGGGUCAUCAACAGAGUGUUACACCACAGCAGCCACAACAACACCAUCAUCAUCAUCAUAAUAGUUCCUCAGCGUCCUCGUCUAACUCUCAUCAUCAGGGACACACACAUCAUGGCCAUCACCAACAACACCACCACCAUCAUCAUCAUCACCAUCAUCACAGCAGCGGUGCUAGCAGUGCUGGUGGUCUAACAACAACCGGUGCAGGUUUGAAUUUAUCCAACCAGUCCACUCUGUCGGAAAGUGAUAAAAUACCAAAAAUCGUUGGUAAGUUAGGAAAUCUCGAUAAAAAAUUUCCACACAUUACGACUACCUCCAAUGGUUGUGCCGCCUAUGCGGCCGUACCCAAUGGUCAUUUCAAUUACUUGCCAAAUAAUGUAUUAUCACGUCGCCAUUCGGAAACGAAUGGGGCCGCAACUCUUACCACCAAUUUCUGUAAUAAUACCAAUGCAAAUGCAACUGAAACUGCAACAUCAGCAACAAAAACUAGUCAAUCUAUAACUACCAUGCCCCAAACGUCAAUAUGUGAUAAAUAAAGGAAUGAAGAACUAAAGAAAAAAGAGCAAGAAAAUGCUCUGUUUUUUUGUUUAGAGAGAAAAAAAGGUUUGGGUGCAGUGUUGGCUUUAUAGUUGAUGGGUUAAUUGUUGCGAUGAUUGUUUUCUAAAGAGACGGAUUUGUAAGAUUUAAGUAAAUUAAAGGGCUUAAGUAUGUAAGAUAAUUUGUUUAAGAAAUUACUUUGUUAAAUGAUUAAGCAUUAAGAUAUGUUUCCAAGGUCAAAGAUAAGAGAAACUUGGCUAUAUUUUUUUAAAAUGGGACUGUCAAAGUUUAUACUUUGUCUGACACUUGAAAAUGUCAAGUUAUACUAGUUUCUUGUUGUAAACAGUUGCCUUGAAAGCAUCUUAAACAUCUUAGGUGGUUUAAACUAUCUUAAGAAUUUAAUUUAUUUUUGACCAAAUAAUCAACCAAUUAAGUUUUACAACUAAAUAUGCUACUACUUAAAGGAAAAUAUAUAAAAAAAACUUAUUAAAGAAACAUAAAAUAGUUUUUUAAAACAAAUUUGUUCUUUAGAUGUUUUAGAAAACAAAAAAUGAAAAAUGAAAUACAUACCGUUAAAUAAUUUUAUUAAUUACUAAACAAAAUAAAUCCUAAAGUUUCCUA